GAUUCCUGAAGAAUGAAAAAGAUAAUGCAUUGCUGUCAGCCAUUGAAGAGUCUAGGAAGAGGACUUUUGCUAUGGCUGAGGAGUAUCACCGAGAGUCAAUGCUGGUUGAAUGGGAACAGGUGAAACAAAGGAUUCUCCAUACUCUGCUCGCAUCCGGGGAAGAUGCUCUCGAUUUCACCCAGGAAAAUGAGCCCAGCUACGUCGGUGAGUUGGGUCCUCCAGGUCGCAGCUCUUUGGACAACGUGGAGAUGGCGUAUGCUCGUCAGAUUUAUAUUUAUAACGAGAAGAUAGUGAAUGGACAUCUGCAGCCUAACCUGGUGGACCUUUGCACUGCUGUUGCAGAACUGGACGAUAAGAAUAUCUCCGAGAUGUGGGCCAUGGUGAAACAAAUGACCGACGUUAACCUGGUUCCUGCGAGCGAUGCCUUGAAAGUCCGGACCAACAUGGAGGUGCGUAUGGAGUUCGUGAGGCAGGCUCUGCGCUACCUAGAGCAAAGUUACAAAAAUUACACCUUUGUGACAGUCUUUGGCAACUUGCACCAGGCUCAGCUGGGUGGAGUCCCGGGGACCUACCAGCUUGUCCGCAGCUUCUUGAACAUCAAACUCCCGGCACCCGUCCCUGGUCUCCAGGAUGGUGAGGUGGAAGGCCAUCCUGUCUGGGCACUGAUUUACUACUGCAUGCGCUGCGGAGACUUGACUGCUGCCAUGCAUGUGGUGAAACGGGCACAGCACCAGCUGGGAGAGUUUAAAUCCUGGUUCCAGGAGUACAUGCACAGCAAAGAUAAAAGGUUAUCUCCUGCCACAGAAAAUAAACUGCGCCUUCAUUACAGACGAGCUCUGAGAAAUAACACUGACCCCUACAAAAGGGCUGUGUAUUGUAUCAUUGGCCGUUGCGACAUCACAGAUAACCAGAGCGAGGUUGCUGAUAAAACAGAAGAUUAUCUUUGGCUCAAGCUGAGCCAAGUGUGUUUUGAUGACAAUGGCGCAAGUUCUCCACAAGACCGACUAACGUUAUCGCAGUUCCAGAAGCAGCUGCUAGAGGACUACGGUGAAUCACAUUUCGCAGUGAACCAGCAGCCUUUCCUCUACUUCCAAGUAUUGUUCUUGACAGCGCAGUUCGAAGCUGCAAUUGCUUUUCUCUUCCGGACGGAGCGCUUGCGUUGUCAUGCCGUUCAUGUCGCGCUGGUCCUGUUCGAGUUAAAAUUGCUCCUGAAAUCUUCUGGGCAGAGUGCGCAGCUCUUAAGCCACGAAGCUGGUGACCCUCCUGGCAUCAGGCGUCUAAAUCUCGUGCGGCUUUUGAUGCUUUACACCCGUAAGUUUGAAUCUACGGAUCCGAGGGAAGCUCUGCAGUACUUUUACUUCCUCAGGAAUGACAAGGACAGCCAAGGAGAGAAUAUGUUCUUGCGUUGCGUUAGCGAACUAGUAAUUGAAAGCAGAGAGUUUGAUAUGAUUCUUGGAAAGCUGGAAAAUGAUGGUAGCAGGAAGCCUGGAGUGAUAGACAAGUUUACAAGUGACACAAAACCCAUUAUUAACAAAGUGGCUUCCGCAGCAGAAAAUAAAGGGUUGUUUGAAGAAGCUGCCAAGCUUUAUGACCUUGCCAAGAACCCUGACAAAGUUUUGGAACUGAUGAACAAGCUCCUCAGCCCCGUCGUUCCCCAGAUCGGCACUCCCCAGUCGUUGAGGAACAUGGCUCAUUCCAUCGCUGAGAGGUACAAAGCUCAGGGGAUAAGCGCAAAGAAAUCCGUUGACUCCACGUUCUACCUUCUGCUAGACUUAAUCACGUUUUUUGAUGAAUAUCACGCCGGUCACAUUGACAGAGCCUUUGAUAUUAUUGAACGCCUAAAGCUUGUACCUCUUAGCCAAGAUUGCGUAGAGGAGAGAGUUGCUGCCUUCCGGAAUUUCAGUGACGAGAUCAGGCACAAUUUAUCGGAGGUCCUGCUUGCAACCAUGAAUAUUUUAUUCACCCAGUAUAAGAGGAUGAAAGGCACAAGCCCAGCCACUCCUGCCAGACCCCAGCGGGUGAUGGAAGACAGAGAUUCGCAACUUCGCUCUCAAGCCCGUGCGCUGAUAACGUUUGCUGGGAUGAUCCCUUACAGAACGUCGGGAGACACGAACGCGCGACUGGUGCAGAUGGAGGUCCUCAUGAAUUAGGGGAGAAGUGCUUGCUUACGGUUGCAGCAACCUGUGCCUGUCGUUAGUAUGUUCAGAGGGUGGGACCAGUAUCGUUUUUGUAUUCUGUAUUUUUGUUGACAGAAAUAAAUUUCUUUGAUUUCUA